AUUCUCCGUGUAGCGCAAAAAAAAAACAGUCUGAAGCUCAACGGAUCGCACCCUAAUUCUGUUUGAAAAGGGGAAGUUCGAUGGCUCUGUCGAAAGAUGCUAUCCCCAUGUGGGACAUGGUGUCUCCUGAAGAUGACAAGGCACUGAUGGAAAAGUUUACAGCUGAGAGUAACAAGGUCAGCAACAGUUGGUCCCUUGGAAGUGCAUCCUCUUUGGAGAAAGAUGCGGCAGUUUCAUUUCUGGUGCAGCUUGGAGCAGUACAAAUCGCCAUCCAGUGUGACAGUCAACAGAUAGCUUCUCAGAAACAAGUAUCCAUUCACUUUGGCGAUGAACAGCACAUUGAGACAGAGCAUGGUGCGCUUCAGCCAGUACAGACCAAGGAUAAUGUCCCUAUUAGAGAGAAAUCGGUUACCCCAGCUACCGUUUCACAACAUCAAGAUUCCAAGGAGGUACAGAUCGAUUACGAUGAUGACGAGGAUAAUUCUUAUGCUGCAUGGAUGACAGAACCUGAUGAUGGAGAUGAUGAUGACACCCAAACAUCAGACACCGCAAAAGUGAUAGAAAGCAGCUGCCCAAGUGCGACUCUGCAGCCGAGGGAGGAACACCCAUGCCCAGAUUGCCAUGUAAUCUUACACAGCACAUGGGACUUAGAUCUGCACAAAUUGCAUGAUUGUACAGAGUCUAAUAACUCCAUUCAGUAUGUAUAUAAUUGUGACCAAUGCAGGAAGUCGUUUCAUAGAUGGGCUUUAACGGUUGUCCACUUACGCAAAGUUCAUAAUUACAACAUGACUCACUCUGAAACAAUAAAGAAACUUGACGAACUGAAAAGUACAAAAAGGCAAAAAAGUGGAAAGAAGGAUGAAAAAUGCCUUCCAUCCGAGAAAAAAGCUCUGAGACGUCCAGGCCUCGGAGAAGCAAAAAGGAAAACAACGAGAAAGAAGGUCGCAGGGAGAAAGAAAAGAGAAAAUGGAGAUAUGCAGGAAGUGAAAAAACAAACAACGAGGAAGAAGGUCGCAAGGAGGAAGAAAAGAGAUAAUGGAGAUAUGCAGGAAGUGAAAAAACAAACAAAAAGUGACAGAAGGAAUGCACCUCGGCUUUCCAAGAGACUUUGUAUCCGUUUAAAUAAGGAUGUGAUAAAGAUUCUCGAAAGUGAAGGAGAUGAUGAAAAUAACCUUACCACAAACUACAUGAUUAUUAAACCUGAGAGAACUGCAGGGGUUUCCAAUGUAGAAAAAGCACAACAGAGGCACACUUCUGAUGAACAUCAAAACCUUAACUUCAAAACUGAAGCCAGUGGGGGCAAACUGGCUACCGGUAGAUUGAACAAUGAACCUCAAGGUCAAGGGAAUACUGCAGAGCAAGUUGAAGAAAAGGGUGAAGAAGAUCUCAUUUUAAUGAAAGAGGUAGAACUUGUAAUAGAAGAUGGAGAAAAAGAAACCUCAGCAACAAUGCCAAUGCCAGAGUCAGAGAUCAGUGAAGCUGAACUAGAGGAGGAGACUGGCAAUACAUUGAUUUCACAGAGGGAUGAGGGCCAGGGACAGGCUGCUGAGGCGGUAGAAGAAAAUCAAGAUGCCUCUGCCGACCCUAUCAUGGAAAAGAAAAGGAAAAUACAGACAGCUGACUUGAAGGUCCAUGAAUCACAGGAGGGAACGUCGGAGCCAAGGGAUAUGAUUGAACAUAAAGCAUCCCAUGAAACUGCAGAAAGAGAAACAAAGGAAGCAAGCAAUUUAGAUGCUGACGAUGAUGAAAACAACUUUACAACCAUCCAAAAAUCAACAGAAAAUGCCAUAGUAUGCUCGCUUUGUGAUUUGCAAUUUGAGACAAAACAGGAUCGGAACAAACACAUGCCUAGUCAUAAGGAACAUAGGCUGCAGUAUAAGUGCAGUACAUGUGGUAAAACUUUCAAUGCGAAAGUUACAUACAGAACACAUGUCGAAACCCACCAGGACAAAACAAAACGACAGAAAUACCAUUGCAAGACAUGUGAUAAAACCUAUUUGUCAAAGUAUACUUACAAUAAUCAUAUGGACAGCCAUGUUGGUAAAUCAAAGCUAUUCAAAUGCGAUACAUGUGGUAAAACUUGUGCUAGCAAAAGUUAUCUUGAAUACCACAUCAAUACUAUACAUAUCAAAGAGAUAAAGUACACCUGCGAGGUGUGUGGGCAACGAUUCUACGACACCCGCAGAAUUAAGUCUCAUGUAGAAAGUCAUAAAGAGAGGGCAUUUAAAUGUGAGGAAUGUGGAAAAGGCUUCAUUAGGGCUUAUCAACUAAAAAACCACAAGAAAACGGUCCAUUCUAAUGCCGGUCAUUGCCUAUGUGAAGUCUGUGGAUCAGCCUUCAAGAGUCAAGGCAAUCUGAAACAGCACAAUCUUACUGUCCAUACUGAUGUCUACAAGUACUCCUGCAACGUUUGCGGAAAGAAAUUCAAGCGCACGUCGCUCCGUAAUUCCCAUAUGAAAAUCCAUUCCAAUGACCCUGCUAACAAGCCUUUCAAAUGUGAACUUUGUAGAAAGGCAUUUGCAUCUCAAGACAAGUUAAAGGUGCAUAUGAAUUGGCAUUACAACAUCCGGUCGUUUACAUGUGACUUGUGUGGUAAGUCGUUUCUGACGAAGGGUAACCUGGUAAAGCACCAGUAUGUCCACAAAGACAAGAAACCCCAUGAAUGUCAGAUUUGUUCUCGUGGUUUCAUGGACCUGCCAGGUCUCAGGAAACAUCUAGACGUAAUACACAAGAUCACCCUGAAGAAGGUAGUGACGCAGAGAGUGCUUGAAGCCAACGAUGCCAAAGAGUCGGGAGGAGAUGGUGUCCCUGCUCGUAAACCUGCUGCCACACCAUCUUCACCCUCUAACUCAGGGACUGAAGACACUGACAAUGACAGUCCAGACUUUAAAAGAGGCAAACUUGCUCAAGUUUCUGAAGCCAGUGAUGGCCAAGUGGUUAGAGAGGCACUUCUAGCUAUGAUGAAUCUUUAGAUUUAUACCAAAAGGGAGAGGAGGCUAAUAGAUUGAUGUACAUGAAACUUUGACAUAUGACAUUUGGUACACCUUAAUUCAUUCUGUAGAAAUUGUAAAUACUGUAAUGAGAAAAUCAGGUUUUUUUUUUUUUUUGCCUCUGUUACGAAGUAGCCGGAGGCGUAAUGGUUGUCCGUAAGUCUGUAUAUCCUGUUCUUGCGAUCGCGUUAUCUCAAGAAGCAAUUGAUGGAUUCCUGCCAAACUUAGGUCAUGUAUGUAUCUUACAGAGCCAAUGAGCUGAUUAGAUUUGGGGGGUCCCGAGGUCAAAUGUUAAGGGUCACAGAGCUAAUUAUGUAUUCAACAAUUGUUUGUGAUCACAUUUUCAGUAGAACUGAUAGACAGAUUACCAUCAAACUCAGGACAUGUAUGUAUUUUGCUGAGCCAAUGAACUGAUUAGAUUUUGGGGUAAUGAGGUCAAAGGUCAUGGGGCUCAU